UGGGGCACGGAGGGUUUGCCCUCGGGGAGGGGUCCCUUGGGGGUGGGGGGUGUUUAGGGGCACCCACCCCACCGGACCCCGACGGGGGGCGCUUGGGGUGCAGGGAACCUGUGUCGGGGUGCAAGGGGAGACCAGGGGUGCCUCUGGGGAGGGGGCCUGGGAUACUGCACAGGGGAUGCAUAGAGGGGGGUGCCUGUGCCCCUGGCCCCUGCAGCUCGUGACAGCUUGGCCCCCCGGUACCGGCCCCGGGUAGGAAACCUCUGCCCCUGCUCACGUCUUCCUCCUGGCGCAGGACGGGGCUGCCAGGCUGCAGCGCUCUUGUGGCCCAGCCCGAGCUGGGGCACCCGUGAGACCACCCUGCUGCGGGCAGCAUGGCACAGUGGCAGGAGGUGCAGAGUUUGGCCAAUGCCUACCAGGAGCAGGUCCACCAGCUGUACGCGGGGGCGAUGCUGCCCAUGGUAGUGCGGCAGUGCCUGGCUGCAUGGAUCGAGGACCAGAACUGGCGCCAGGCGGCCGAGCCGCUCUCUUCCCAUGCCCGGAUGCUCUUCCAUUCCUUGCUGGCGCUGCUGGGUGAGCGUCUGGGCAGUCCGGGGCUGGGCGAUGAGGACUUCAUGCUGAAACACAACCUGCGCAAGGCCCGCCGUGACCUCCAGGCCGAGUUUGAGGAGUCCCCAGAGAAGUUUGCCAACCUGGUGGCUAACCUGCUGCAGGAGGAGCAGCGGAUCCUGCGCCUGGCACAAACCAGGGGGCAGGGGGGGGCCACCGUGGCACCCAGCGCACCCCCGGAGAGCGACCGGGAGCAGCAGAUCCAGCGGCGCCUGGCCGAGUUCCACGUGGCCCUGCAGGAGGCUGAACGCACCUUCCGGCACCUGGAGGACCUGCAGGACACCUUUGACUUCUGCUUCAAGGUGCACUACCAGCCAGGCGAGAACAGGACCAACGACCCCCAGUAUGCCCAGCAGAUCCAAGCCCUCCAGGCCAAGCUGCAGAUCCUGGACCGGCAGCGGCGGGAGGUGCUGGCUCAGAUGCAGCAGCUUCUGGGGCGCAGUGAGACCCUGCAGGACUUCCUGCAGCAGGAGCUGGAGGCCUGGCGGGAGCGGCAGCAGCGUGCCUGCCUGGGGGCCCCCGCCAACACCCACCUGCGCCCGCUGGAGACCUGGUUCACGGAGCUGGGCCAAGGGCUAUUCCAGCUGCUGCAGCUGCUGCGGGCGCUGGGGGACCUGCGGCAGAAAGUGACCUACGAGAGGGACCCGCUGAAGGCAGAGACCCCCCUCCUGGAGCGGCGGCUGCAGGAGCAGCUCAACUACCUGCUGCAGAGGGCCUUUGUGGUGGAGCAGCAGCCCAGCAUGCCCAACGCCUGCAAGCGCCCGCUGGUGCUGCGCACGGCCAGCAAGUUCUCUGCCCGCGCCCGCCUGCUCGUCCGCCUCCACGACCGCAACCACCGCAUGGAGGCCAAGAUCCACAUUGACAGGGACCCCCCUAAGAUAAAAGGGUUUCGCAGGUUCAACAUCCUGACAUCAAGCAGCAAAACCCUCUUGGCAGGGGACAGUCCCCAGGACGGGCUGGUCUGCGACUUCCAGUACCUUACACUGAAGGAGCAGAAAGACAGCAGGUCGGGCAAGGGCGGCAAAGGUGCUGGCGAGGGUCCCCUGGUCGUGACGGAGGAGCUGCACCUCAUCACUUUCACGCUGGCAUAUGCCUACUGCGGGCUGGAGCUGGAGCUGGAGACCUCCACGCUGCCCUUCGUCAUCAUCUCAAACAACAACCAGCUCUCCAGUGCCUGGGCCUCCAUCCUCUGGUUCAACAUGCUCAGCAGCAGCCCUAAGGACCUACAGUUCUUCUCCAAGCCUCCCCCGGCGCCCUGGCCCCGGCUGGCCGAGGUGCUGAGCUGGCAGUUCGAGAGCGUGGCCGAGCGGGGCCUGAGCAGGGAGCACCUCCUCAUGCUGGCCGAGAAGCUCUUCGGUUCGAAGCCGCCUCCGGAGAGCACCCUGACCUGGCCCAAGUUCUCCAAGGACGGUGCCUCUGGCUUCUCCUUCUGGGCCUGGCUGGACGGCAUCCUGGGGCUGCUUCAGGAGCACCUCAAGCAGCUCUGGAAGGAUGGGCUCAUCCUGGGCUUCGUGAGCCGGAAGCAAGAGAAGAAGCUGCUGAAGGGGAAGCGGACAGGGACGUUCCUGAUCCGGUUCAGUGAGAGCAUCCUCGGCGGGGUCACCUGCACCUGGGUGGAGCACCCUGAGAGUGGGCCCCCUGCUUUCCGGGCUGUGGUUCCCUACACCAUGGCAGAGCUGGCAUCCCUGGCCCUGCCCGACAUCAUCCGUGACUACCAGCUGCUGGUGGAGGAGAAUGUCCCUGAGAACCCCCUCCAGUUCCUGUACCCGGACACCGCCCGCGACGAGGCCUUUGGGCCCUACUACAGCCAGCGGCAGGAGGGGAACCUAACGGAGCAGAAGAAAUACCUGAACCGACGCCUCAUCCGUGUGUCCUCCAGGCAGGCGAAUGAGUCAUGGCAGACAGAAGAGGAGUUGGUGGUGGCCACAGAAAACCUGGACACGCUGAGGCUGCAGCCCGGUGGCCUGUCGACAGAGCAGCCUGGUGGCAUGGAACCACUGCCGCCUGGGGGCUUGGGGACACCACAGGUCACCUCUGGGAAUCUGGGCAUGCUGCAGGUGAUGGACAGGAGCCCAGGGACCCUGCAGGCCAGGAGCCCAGGGACGCUGCAGCCCUCGAGCCCAGGGACACUGCAGAUGAUGUCCGUGAGCCCAGAGACACAACAGCCUGGGGGCUCGGGGACACUACAGCCAGGGCCCCAAGGCCUGGAGCCACCACAGCCAUUGCAGGUGGGAUCGGGGGUCUCGGCGAUGCUACAGCCAGGGAUUGGGGACCAAGAACCACAGCUGGUGCUGCAGCUGGUCCCUGAGGGCCAGGGGACACUGCAGGUGGGACCAGGAGGUGUGAGGACGCUGCAGGUGUUGCCCAGGGGUUUGGGGGUGCUGCAGCACGUGGGACCUGAGGACCAGGGGACACAGCAAGUGGGACUUGGGGCUGUGGAGCCACAGCUGGUGUUGCAGCUAGUCCCCGAGGGCCAGGGGACACUGCAGGUGGGACCAGGGGGCUUGGGGACACUGCAGGUGCUGCCUACAAGGCUGGAGGUGCUGCAGCCGGUGGCUGGGGAUGCAGGGAUGCUGCAGCAAGUGGGACCUGCAGACACGGGACUGCUGCUGCCGGUGCCGGGAGCUGUGGAGCAGCUGCUGGUCCCUGAGGGGCAGGAGAUGCUGCCACCGGAGCUGAGGGACCUGGAGCUGCUGCCUGGGAGCCCAGAUGUGCAGGAGCUCCUGCAGCUCGCUGCAGAGCUGGAGCCAGGCUCGGGGACGCUGGAGACGCUGGAGGUGGCGGACCUGAUGCCUGACACACUGGAGCCCGUGGAUGGGGGGCUGGGCCCUGGGCUGGCGGGCAGGGCCGCGCUCCUGGACCCCCACGACCCAUUCCUGCCGCAGCCCGAGGAUGCAGUGCUGCCCACCGUCAGCUCCCUCUUCGCUGCUGACUUCCCCCCACUCCACAUCGAUGCCAACGACUUCCAGUGACCCCCUGCAGCCCCCCUGUAAAUAAACCUCUUCCUGCCCCA